AUGGAUCACCUAGCACAAGUAAUCCAGCAGCUGGAGGAUCUUAAAAGUUUGUUCAUUCGAGAUUGGCCAAAAUAUUGCAAAGAGUACUACUGCCUGGACAAUUUUCUGGAUCUGCAUAAAUGGGACACUCAACUGGAGGAUGUGAAAGUUUACACUCUUCCCAAUCUAGGACUAGGAUUAUUUGUGAUCGUGGAUCGUCAUCAAAUUUUUGUGGUAUUUUUGGAAGCUGAAAGAUCUGAAAGUGUUCUGAAGGAAUCCUUAUUGAAAUUGGACUUCUUUGGCGGCGAACAAUUCGCCUCUAUGCCAAAAAGAUAUUUGACUGUUGCAAAUGAUAUUAUUCAGGAGAAAAAUCUGAAAUUACAACUCGAUAGUAUCACCUAUUCUAUGGUUUUAAGCAAAGAAGAAGCACAAUACUUUCAGGUGGAAGCAACAGUUGGCUUUUCCUUGAAAUCUGUAAGUCUGGACGAUGCUUACGUAAUUAACAACAAUUGGGAAUGGAGUGAACUGAGUGGCAGUCUUUCGUAUAUUCAACGCCAAAUUGUUCAGGAUGGUUUACUGGCAGCCCUGCAAGUCAAACCCAUUUACAAACGUCGAGGUUUUGGCGCUAUGAUUGUGAAAGAAUAUUCCAGAAGAGAGGCUGUGCAAGGACGUGACACAAUCACCGAAGUGGGUUCAGAAAAUAAGGCAUCGUUAAACCUGUUUACAAAAUUGGGCUUUAGGAUCAACGACCAGUGUCAUUGGUUGUACACGGAAGCCCCAAAUGGCGAUUGA